AUGUCGCAGAUGUUGCACAUAGAGAUUCCCAACUUUGGGAACACUGUUCUGGGCUGCCUGAAUGAGCAGCGGCUGCUGGGGCUGUACUGCGAUGUCUCCAUCGUGGUGAAGGGCCAAGCCUUCAAGGCUCACCGGGCGGUCCUGGCCGCCAGCAGCCUCUACUUCCGAGACUUGUUCAGUGGGAACAGCAAAAAUGCCUUCGAGCUGCCGGGUACCGUGCCCCCAGCUUGCUUCCAGCAGAUCCUCUCCUUCUGCUACACGGGGAAGCUGACCAUGGCAGCAAGCGAGCAGCUGGUGGUGAUGUACACGGCAGGCUUCCUGCAGAUCCAGCACAUCGUGGAGAAAGGGACGGACUUGAUGUUCAAGGUCAGCUCUCCCCACUGUGACUCUCAGACCACCAUGAUCGAGGAUCCCAGCUCGGAGCCGCAGAGUCCCUGCAACCAGCUGCAGUCGGCCUCGGCGCCCUACGUCAUGUCCCCCUCCAUGCCCAUCCCGCUCCUCACGCGCGUCAAACACGAGAACCUCGAGCUGCAGGCAGCUGCCCUGCCCGGCCUGCCCGGCAAGAGACCCCUGGAGCCUGGUGCUCGGGAGGGGACAGGUGGCGGUGGCCCCAACGCCAGUGCCCUGAAGCUCUCCCGCGUCUCCUACUAUGGGAUGCCCAACCUGGCCACCCUCAUCCCCAAUGUCCAGCAGGUCCAGUACUCACAGGGGGAGCGGACGAGCCCCGGUGCCAGCAGCAUUCCCACCACUGACAGCCCCACCUCCUACCACAAUGAGGAGGAUGAGGAGGAUGACGAGGCGUACGACACCAUGGUGGAGGAGCAGUAUGGCCAGAUGUACAUCAAGUCCUCGGGAGGCUACUCUGUUGCUCAAGAGAAGCCAGAGCAGAUCCCCCUGGAGAACCGCUCCUGCGUCCUCAUCCGACGGGAUCUAGUUGCUCUGCCAGCCAGUCUUAUCAGUCAAAUUGGAUACCGUUGCCACCCAAAACUCUACUCAGAGGGAGAUCCUGGAGAAAAACUUGAGCUUGUUGCAGGCUCAGGGGUUUACAUCACCCGGGGGCAGCUGAUGAAUUGCCACUUAUGUGCUGGUGUCAAACACAAGGUCCUCCUGAGACGUCUCCUGGCCACCUUCUUUGAUCGGAACACACUUGCCAACAGCUGUGGAACUGGAAUCCGGUCCUCGACGAGCGACCCCAGCAGGAAGCCCCUGGACAGCAGGGUUCUUAAUGCAGUCAAAUUGUAUUGUCAGAAUUUUGCCCCGAGCUUUAAGGAAAGCGAGAUGAAUGUUAUAGCAGCCGAUAUGUGCACCAACGCCCGCCGGGUCCGCAAGCGCUGGCUGCCGAAGAUUAAAUCCAUGCUGCCAGAAGGGAUGGAGAUGUACCGCACGGUCAUGGGCUCCACCACAAACAGUGUCCCCCUGGAUCCUGAAUUCCAGCCCAACACUGCUCAGGUCUUUGAGCAGCGAAUCUAUGCAGAAAGGAGGAGCGAUUCAGGAACUAUAGUAGCCUUGAGAACUAACACAGUGAACGUAGAGCUGAGCAAUGGAUCCAACCAGUCCUUCGAACAGAGCGAGGAUGCUGAAGGGGCUGGCUCUGUGAUACAGGAGGCAGCCGCCACAGAUGCUCUGGCAUCAGAUACCCAAAGCACUCCACAACCUUUUGAACAAGGUUCAGGCUCCUCCAGCCGGCCCGAAACUCCCGUGAGAAGACAAGAUGGUACUUUUGGAGGGACUUUAUAA